AUGACGCUCACCACACUUGACCAACGGGUCAACAUUUAUUUCCAACGAAUUUUCAGCGAUCCAUCCAGCAAUGAACUACUGAAUAUUUUCAAAAGAUACCAUGCUUCUCAAGCGCCUCGUCAUAAGGAAAUUGUCUGUAGCAUGGUGAAACGUUUGAUCAAAGAUUUUCAAUUAUUCUCAUCAUACUCAGAUCGAAAUAUUUUCAAAAUGGCUAAUUUCGUAGGCGGAUUUAUAAAACAUGGACUUAUAUCUGAUAAAAAUACAUUGGAAACAAUCAUUAGAUAUAUAUUUUAUGAUUUAAAGAAUACGCAAAAUGCUAAUGCAUUUAAUUUCAGUUAUAUAGCAUUUAAUCGGUUUAAAACGAAAUUGAAAAAUUAUUCGAAAUUGUGUAUCCGGCUUGAAAAAAUCGAUAAAUUUGAUGAUUUUCCACUGGACAUUAUUGAGGACGUGAUGUACGAUGUGGUCGGGCUUGCAUCGCCGACAGGACGACAAGCCAUCGACGAACAAACGAUAUCAGAAACCGAUAACAGCGAGGAGGAAAACGAAUCGCGGUCCCAAGACGCGAUUAUCUGCCAGCAAACGCCAAAUCCGGAACAUCCGGAGAUCGCCAUAGUGGCCUAUGCGUCGCCAAAACCGGAACCUCCAGCGAUCACCACGGCAGUUGACGAUGUCAAAAUAAUCGUACCGUCCAAAGCUGUACAGGGCGAAAUUCGUUAUGUUAUCAACAGCCUGAGCAAAACGAAUCUCGAAACCAAGUGCAGGGAGAUAAAGCGUCUGAUCGCCAAAGAACACUUGCCGUGGUUAUCCAGGUACAUUGUCUUGAAACGGGUGCGACACGAAUUCAACUUUCACGAUCUAUACUCAAGCGUAUUGGAUAGUUUGAACAGCAAAACAUUGAACUCGAUGGUAUUAUCGGACACCAUCAAAAAAAUUAAGAUUCUGUUGAGAAGAAACAUAGGCAUUCCAAGUGUGGCGGAUAAAUGGCUAAUCAAAAAUCUGGGCCACUGGUUGGGCAUGAUCACUCUGGCGCAAAAUAAACCGAUAUCGAAGGAAGAUAUUGCCUUUGAAGACUUGUUGAACGAAGCAUACGAGAAAGGUGACGAAGAGCUGCUGUUCGUCGUGCAGUUGGUGACGAAAACACUCGAAUCUUGCUCGGAGGGAAACUACGGUCCGAACAAUCCGUGGACAAUUUCUAUAAUAAGCUGUCUGUUUGAAUUAUACAAGAAGCCUGAUGCGACGCUGCAAGUGAAAGUUGAAAUCGAAAAGCUGUGCAAAGCGUUAAAUAUCAAGCUCAAGGUUAAUUAG